AUGGUUACAACUUUUGAAGACGUUACUGAAAGACCUACUAUUUCAUCACCAUACCAUGUAACCAGUGAUGAAGUGUAUCAAACAGUGGAGAGUCUAGACCUUGAAAAAGUAAAAGCUUUGGUAGAUAAACAUUUAGAUAAUUUAAAUUUGUAUUUCUCUUCUCACGAUGCAGCGAGUGUCAGUGAUGAAGACUUGUUUGACGAUCAGGAAUAUCUAGCUCAUGAUUUGUUCAAUAUUAUUGAUGAUGAUUACAACACUCCACUUCACAAAGCUAUUUUAAUGGAUGUAGAAACAAAAGAGAAGGAUCAAAUUAGAUUUCAAAUUGUAGAAGAUUUGGUCGUACGAGGAAAAGUGAGAUGUGACGUUGUGAAUCAUGAAGGUCUAACACCUUUAUUGGUUGCUGUUAAAAAAAACAAGCCAAAGAUUGUGUCGUUGUUAAUCAAGUCAGGAAAGCACUGUUCAGUGAAUGAUAAAUGUCAAGUUGCUCCUUAUAUUGGAUAUACAGCUUUGCACUCAUGCUGUACAUGGUCUUUAAUUGAGGCAUCCAAGUCAGAAGAUCCAAAUGAGGAUACCACAGUCAAAACAGCACGUGAUAUUGAGUCAUUAGCUCGUUUAUUAAUCUCUUUGGGAGCAGAUGCCAAUUCAAAGAAUUCAGAAGGAGAAACACCUUUGCAUACUUGUUCAAGAAAUGGAACGCUUGGAGUGGCUCGAUUGCUAAUUUCUGAAGGUGCAGAUGUAAAUGCGGUAAAUAAGCACAAAGUGACUCCCCUUAUGAUCGCAGCAACGUUGGGUAACUUGUCUAUGGUAGAGUUAUUACUUGACAUAGACCUUCAAGAAGAAGGAAAUGUUGGAUUGAAAAACAACCUUGUGAAAGUAGAUUUACAGGAUCAAAUGGGAGACACUGCUUUACAUUUUGCUUUUCAAAGUCAAUUACAGAGAGUGUUUGCUAAUGGAAUUGAAGUGAGUCACGAUCAUGAAAGAAUUGCAUAUCUACUUGUUCACACUGGAAAAGCAAAUAUGGACAUUUAUUCGAAUGAUGAAUAUUUGGCAACUGAUUUCACAUCCGAUAACUUUAAACACAUUUUGAGGACUGUCUCCCAACACGCUCAUUUAUUCCCACCUAGUUUGGAUGCUUUAUUACAAAUGCCAGAGGAAAUGUUGCAAUCUCAAUACUUGGAUCCAAAAGAGAGAAUUGCAUUUGCUAAGGCUGUACAGGAAUACAAAAAAGAUAGAAGAGAACUUGAUGAUGCUGAGAGUAAGAAAGGUGGCUGUCCGAUGGUUACAGGAAAUCGACAACUUAUGAAAAAGAGAGGUCUAUUGAAAUCUUCAACCAACGCCUCCAAAACAACAUCAGACCAUAACAGAUCAAAUGAAACUACAAAUAACUCUAAAGCUUUACCAUCAGGUCAUCCAACUCAUGGUGGUGAUAUUUCAAAAUGUCCAUUCAUGAGAGGAAAACAAACAAAUUCACAAGAUGAAAAGGAAAUCAAAGGAGAAGAACAAGAAAAGCCAAAAGGAAAAUGUCCAAUUCCUUUCCAUAACGAGCUCAUGAUGAUUUUCAACACUCGAAAUCUGCUCUACUUGCUUGUUCUUGUUGUGUGUGUUGUUUUGGCCAGAGUUUUAUAA